AUGCGCGGCCACACUUCUUGUCUGGCGGCGCUGGCGCUGUCCUCCAUCCAGCCCGUCACAGCGUCUCUAAAGGCUGCGGCGUCAGUCCCACAAUAUGUAUAUGACUACGCGCCUCUCGUCUGGCUAUACAGCGAGGAUGCCUACCGGCCCAGCGACAUCGGAGCGCAGGUCGCCAACACUAUCCCGGAGGUGAACUGGAAGGCCGUCAAUGGAACACCCACACCACUAACCCUGGAUAACCUCGACAGCCUCAACGACCUAGGCAAUACCAGCGUCUACCUGACCACCCACAAUGGCAUUGCACAAGAGCCAGAGCCGAGCUGGUGGUUCGGCGUCACGCCCAACGCGCAGGGCCAAACUAAUAAUGCCACCGGGUGCGCUAUUGUGACUGUCGAUCAUGGUGGAGGUAGUCUGGAUGCAUUCUAUUUCUACUUCUACGCUUUUAAUCGGGGAGAUAUAGUCUUGGGCCUGAUGUUUGGUGACCAUAUUGGCGAUUGGGAACAUAAUAUGGUCCGCUUUGCGAACGGGACCCCGACGGCUGUCUGGUACAGCCAACAUUCCUAUGGCCAGGCCUUCACCUACAACGCCGUCGAAAAGAGCGGCAAGCGGCCGUAUUCUUACUCUGGCAAUGGCACCCACGCCAACUACGCCACGGCAGGGACGCACGACCACACAAUUCCCGGCGUGACAUUCCCCGACGGUCCACUGGAGGACUACACAGACAGCGGCGUCCUAUGGGAUCCCACUCUAAACGCCUACGCCUACACGUACGACCCAUCCAGCAUGACCUUCGAAGCAGCCGGUGACUACCCGCUAGGCUGGCUCAACUUCAACGGCCAGUGGGGGGACGCCCAGCCGUCCAAUGAGAAAACUAUCUUCGGACAAGCGAAGUAUGUCGCUGGGCCGAAUGGGCCGAAGUUUAAGGACCUCGAUCGCAGUAAUGUUUGUCCUGCUUCGCCGUGCAUUGUUUGGCCGUUCAAGGAGGCGGGGAAUAGUUCCAUUGUUAUUACUUAA